AUGUGCCACACAAUCACUGACGACCAGCACCACGAGCCAGAUUUGGAAGCAGAUUCUGACCCCAGUGAUGGAGAUUCAGGCUACGGCGGCUCUGUUGCAGGGUCCUGGUCAGCUUCGUUAGCAAGCUCGGUUCUCAACUACCGGUAUGAGAAUGGCCGGCGGUACCACGCCUAUCGCGAAGGCCAGUAUAUCUUACCCAACGACGAAGAUGAGCAAGCACGGCUAGACAUGCUUCACCACAUCUAUAAACUAAUUCUGGGGGGCUCUUUAUCUCGCGCCCCAUUGAACCAGCCCCAGCGUGUCCUCGACAUGGGCUGUGGCACCGGUCUUUGGUGCAUCGAGUUUGCUGAUGACUUUCCCGGCGCCACCAUCGUUGGUACUGAUCUCAGCCCGAUUCAACCCGGCUGGGUGCCUCCCAAUUGCAAGUUUUAUGUUGACGAUUUCGAAAGCGAAUGGGCGUAUCCUCCCUCGGAGCAUUUCGAUUAUAUUCAUGGGCGGUCACUCUGCGGCAGCGUUGCCGACUGGCCCCGGUUGUUUACCCAGGCUUUGUCUCACUUGAAUCCUGGUGGAUGGAUGGAGAUGCAGGAGUAUCACUGCCACGUGUAUUCCGAUGAUGAUACUCUUGACCAGGCCAUCUAUCUGAAGAAUUGGGUCGAGGAGAUGAACGAAGGGAGCAAGCGAUUCGGCAAGGAACUGAAAACUGCAAACAAAUUGAAGAACUACAUGCAGGAAGCCGGAUUUGUCGACAUCCAUGAGGAGGUAUACAGGUGUCCCAUUGGUCCCUGGGCCAGAGGGAAGAGGUACAAGGAGCUUGGAACAUAUUACCGCGCGCAAUUUGUCGACGCUGUCGAGCCAUUCACAUUGGCCAUGUUCACUAGGAUCUUGGGCUACAGCAUCGACCAAGCCCUGGUCACGAUUCAGCGAGUCAAGCAGGAUUUGGUCAACCCCAGGCUUCAUCUUUAUGUCCAUUUCCACUUUGUGUGGGGAAAGAAGCCUGGAUAA